AUGCGUGGAAAGGAGGCUGCAUGCUCCGUCACGGGCCUCGUGCAUAGGUUCGCGCAGGAUUUUGAUGCUGAUUCCGUGAUCUCCAGAAUGAUGCAAGGGCGCAACUGGCCUCGUGCUCAGUACAUGAAGGACGUGAACGGUCAUUUGGAGCCUAUGUUGCCCCAAGAAAUCAAAGCUCACUGGAAGCGGAAUGCUUCAGCUGCCAGUGCAGCAGGCACCUGGAUGCACCUGCAAAUCGAAUGCUUGCUGAACGGUGGUGAAGUUCUGCAGCAAUCGGAGGAGAUGCUGCUUUUCCGACAGUAUUUGCCAAGUGCUCCGAGGCUGUACGCGUAUCGCACAGAGUGGUGUGUGUAUUCGGAAUGUGAUGGCCUAGCGGGGUGCAUCGACUUUGCCGGUGAGGCGCAAGAUGGGACACUUGUGCUGAUUGACUGGAAGCGUAGCAAGUCCCUUCGCUCCAAGUACGAGAACUGUUGGCAGAGAAUGAGACGUCCCCUCCAGCAUCUGGAUGACUGCGCAGGUAACCACUAUCGCUUGCAACUCAAUGUGUACAAAUACAUUGUGGAGAAGCACUACGGUUGGCGGGUCAGUGCCAUGUAUGUGGUGUGCUUGCACCCGGACAAUGCUGUUGGUGGACCCUUCGUUGACACCGUCCCCGACAUGGCUUCAGAGGUGGCUGCCAUGAUGAGGGAGCACCGUGUGUUCCUCGAGACAGCAGGAGGGUCUAGCGGUGAGAGAUCGUCAGCAGAAUCCAUUGUCAUGUCUUCCUCCAGCGGACGAGCAGGAGUGGCUCCACCAGAUUGCUUUGAACGUGCUGAGCAGAGGUUGGCAGCGCAAAGACUGAACUACACAGGAGGAAGGCUUCCCCAGGAACUGGUGGAGAGACUGCCAGGGUUUUUCUUCUCCUUUGAGUAUCUUCGGACAUUAGCAUGUGUCUCACCGGAAAUGUGCCGAUCAGUUCGGGAUCGUGAGCAUUGGAGAAACAGUCGUAUCUUCUUGAACACAGACGAGUUCGAAAGCACGCAGGCCUUGCGCAGGAUGGUCUACUUUUACAGCGCGGCUCGUUUGUGCCUCGUCAACGUCCGACAACUGGCAAUGUUUCAUGUCUUUCCUGAGCGUAUGCUACUCGACUGGACAGCGUCUGUGGCUCGUCCGGCUGGGCUUGUCAGACAGGGCGUGUCUGGUUUUAUUUCGGACCGACCUCUCAUGGGAUGCGCCACCUUUGACCUGGUGCUUCCAGAUCACGCCGUGGGGCUUUACAUGGGUGUGCAAGAAUGGCGGGGCACGAAGCGAUCUUAUUGCCGGAUCGACAAUGUUUUCAGACAAGAUUGCACAGUCUCGUUUGCCUUAGAUGACAUGCCUCCUCAACCUCAUGGUGGACGCAAUCGCUGCCAGCUCCUUCCUGGCCGAACUCAUCGUAUCCGUCUCCGGUGGGAUCAGAGAAUGCUCGAGUUGUCGAUUGACGAGAGAGGCGUUUCCGUCGCUCGUCUGCGUGAUGGUGCUGCUGACGCUGUGUCUCCGCUGGCCCGCGUUUUCACGUGGAUCCAUGUGAGGCCACGCCCGUUCCCUCAGAUGGCAAGCUUCCGACCAGUGCCCUCUUAUGUGCGGCUGGAUCCCACUAUCAGGUGCGCUUUGUGCCAGAGGGAGCACACAGGUCUUCGGAUGCCGCGAUGGGCAGUGUGCCCUCUGUGUGACUGUUGGAUUUGCGUGAGUCACUGUGGCCAGACGCCUUGGCGUCUAUGCCCGUAUUGUCCAAACCAGCUCACGGACUACAUCGGUGGAAGCCAUGUGCAGCCUUAUGCAGAUGCAACCAACUUCUUCCAGACAGUUUUCACACUGGAAGAAGAAGCUGAUAAGUUUUCAUGUGUUGUCCGCAAGACUGUUCGGCGCCAUGCCAAGUUCUUGGAGCAGAAUCCCUUAGCUGUCAAGCUGCUGCCGGACCCUGCUGCAAAAGGCAGCCUGUCGAAACGCUUGUGGGAGAAGGUAAUGUACCGCGGAAGAGCUAUUAUUGAUUUUCUAGAUCAGCAGAAAGAUCUAUUGCUCUUCAGGUUCCUUCACGCCCUCUCGGAGGAUUUAUCAUCAUCUGAUCACAAGGGUCUGUUGGACGACCUUCCUCACCCGAAGGACAUGCCAGAUGGCACGGUCUGGCGUCAGCUGGCUUUAGAGUAUUCUCUAGAGCUUCAGCUCCAGCUGGCGCGAGAGCAACUGGAUCGGUCGGCAGCCCAGGCAGCGACAGAGCAGCGACUUCGAAGUGAAGCUCUGCAAAAGCAUCGUUCGCGCGCAAGUGAGCCUUACAGCUUGUCUGUGCCAGAUGAAACUCAGGCCUGUCACAGUUGGGAGGAGGUCGAAGGCGGGAGCGAAGGAGCGAUUGGACCCCUUGCAAUUUCCCAAACAUCUUUGGACGAACGGAUCCAGCUGGAGCUGGACGAGUCAGUUGCACUUGCCCUUGCAGACAAUACGCAAGUCUCGGAAGUACGAGUGGCAAGUGGCCAGUUGGACCCAGAAUCGGCCCAAGCAGCGAAGCCAGAGACAGCUGACCAGCACGAGCUGCAGGAUCUGCAGAGUCUCACGAAGCGCAGAAGACUCACCCCGGCCGCAAUGAAAACCAGCAGUGCCUUCGACGACAUGUUCGGGGAGUUGUCUGCAGCCACAGCUGGUGCAUUCCCAGAAAUACCUCCCCAUCAGCCUGCGCCGAGACAAAGGACUGUUCUGCAACACACAGCUUAUCUACUUGGGUUCGUGAAAGAGCGCCAGCCCACCUGGUCGGACAUGUUGGUACGUGCAGCUGCAGCAGGCUUGACAGUUUACCGAACACGGUACCAGGAUCUCUUUGUGCGGGACUACGUGGCCCUCCUCUGGAUCAUGGAGGGCGAGCGCUACUUGCGUUCUCACAAUUCCACCUGCUAUCUCUACCACGAGCAUGGUGCUUUUGAAGCCUUCAGAGGAAUACCUCCUGAGUCCACCUUUGCUCGCGUGAAGCCGUUCCUUCUGACUUUGGAGGGUAUGUUUCGUAUCCUGAGCCCCAGCACUGGGCGUUCCGAUGUCGCCGUGUUGAAUGGCAUCGCUCAAACUCUGCAGCAGUACAACCACGAGGCCGAAUACUUCGACGCAUGCCAAGAUGCGGCGUUGUACCCGCCGGAGCGACCGGGAAGAGCUGCAGCAACCAGAUCUAGGCAGCAGGAGGAUGAAGCUCCCAACCCUGCAGAUGGCUGGCCUGGUGUCGUUGCGAACAUGAUUUCGAAAAUUGCAGGGCCCUUGCAGAGAGACUUGCUGGAUGAGCGACGCCUUCUGCAGUUUGUAGUUGAAUGGUGUGAGACUCCUUCGAGCAGACAAGCUGGAGUGGCUUUCGCAGAUGCAUGUCUCUUGUACGACAGAUCUCCGGAUGAGAUUUGCACUUUCGUGGACCCCAGUCCGUCGAACAAUAUUUACAUCCGCAUUCCACAUGCUCUCAGAGAUCCUGUUCUUAGAGUUGCCCAGGAGCGUUUCGAACUUUUCGUUCGCCAGACAUUCUGGUGCAAUGAAGACUUCUUCGGCUGCUGUCUCGCAGCACAAGCGCUGGCGAAAAGGGGCGAGAAUGUGGACCGCUGUUUCAUCGGCGAGAGCGCAGGAGGCACGGGCCAGAGCUUGUACAGCAGCCAUCUCGCUGCAGUCUAUAAGCACAACCAUGCCUUCAUCGACCCUAAUCUGUGGCACAAUGAAGACGAGCUUCGCAAGCAGAUCGAGUCCUUUGCCACGUCAUUUAUCAUCACAGCGCAAGAAAAGCCGGAGUCGAACAAGACGUUCCGUGAAGACUUGUACAAGAAGAUGAUAAGUGCCGACGACUUGGCCGGUCGCAAGCCCUAUGGCUACGUGACUCGCAUGCUUCGAAUUACCGGCUGGAAGCGGAUCGAAACGAAUGCCCUCAUGACGUUCAAAGGGGUGGCAGAAUCCAAUUUCAAUUCUGUCCUGCGGCGUAGCUUGGUAUGGAACCCGCAGUCUGUCUUCAUGGACAAAGAGUUUCUCGACAAGAGUUAUCCAGAUGCUGCGCCAGACGGUAUAUUUCCCAAAGACCCGUGUCUCCGCGAGUUUCUAGAGUCAGGGCCUGCCAUUGCUGCCUCUCUUCAUCAGCAGCUUGGUUUUGAAAGGCGGCAUAGCCGUGAUGUGUGCCGCAAAAUGAUCGAGGCUUACGCUGCUUCUGGAUGCACUGAGCGUAAGAUGAGGAACGCCUGCGGUCUUCUUCCACAGACUGAAAAAGCUGCGCCAGCAGAACUCAAGCAGGCCGCCGCAUCCGUUGCCCCACCUCAAGGGACGGAUAAGUCGACCCCAAGCUCUGCUGAUGAUGUACUUCAAGGCUACCUGGACAAGCUUGGAAGUUUCAUGCUCAGUGACGCAGGCCGACAGACAAAGAUCACUUCGUUGUGGUGGAAACGGUUUGCACCAGCCACUUAG